AUGAAUACGCAUUCUGGAAUUCCUCUACUAAUGAGAUACCCGGAGUUUCUUUCAAAAUACUCGCUGCUUCCCAAAAAAGUAAUUGGAAAGGGCACUUUUGGAAGCAUCCACUUGGCAUCGAGUAAGUGUGACCCGUCAAAGCUGUUUGCCGUCAAGAUUUUCAACAAAUGCAGAAGCAAGGCUGCAGCAGAGGCUUACUUCACACAUCUUUCAUCGGAAUUUCUGAUCGGAGUCUCUUUGCACCACAAAAAUAUUGUUGAAACUUAUGAGCUGGUAAGGUAUGGGCCAACAUGGCUAGAAAUCAUGGAGUAUUGCAAAGGAGGUGAUCUUUUUGAAUCAAUUCAAAAGAAGCGCCUGUCGCAAAAGGUUGCCGACUUUUUCUUUACAGAGCUCCUUUCUGGGAUCCAUUACCUGCAUUCGCUGGGCAUAGCCCAUUGUGAUUUGAAGCCAGAAAAUAUUCUCAUCUCUUCAGACAACCAUGUCAAAAUUGCCGAUUUUGGAGCCUCUUGCCACUUUUCCAUAUUAGAUAAAGACUGCAUUCAACAAGGUGUCCAUUCAAUUGAAGAAGAAUUAUGUAGGGGUGUAUGCGGCUCGCUCCCAUAUACAGCGCCGGAGAUUUUAACAAUGGGGCCAUAUGAUCCCGCUCCAGUUGAUAUCUGGUCGUUGGGCAUAAUUUACUUUGUCAUGAUAUUCCACAAAAUCCCGUGGCAUGAGGCUUCUGCGCAAAAAGACGAAAAAUAUUUAACGCAGCGAGAAAAGUUCGACCCCAUUUCCAGACUCCCAACUCCAAUGGCCAAAAUCUUGUGCAAAAUGCUAGAACCCCACCCUGCGUCCAGAAUUACAAUCAAUGAACUGAUAGGCAAUACCUAUAUCCAGAACCUCAAUUUUGAUUAA